GUAUGGGACUGGGCCUUGACGUUUAGUCUACCCUCCACUUCUUCUCAGGCUUCGCUCGAUUUACCUGCUUUCAACUUCGCCUUCAACAUCGUCUUAGCCCAAGACCACACCUUUCCUCCCAACAUCCCCAGACAAUAAAAUAUUCCUAUUUAACAAUAACAGCAUAUUUGGGCACAGCUCUCGAGAUCACUCAUUGUUACUUCUGCACUCAAGAGCUCCCUCCCCGCUCUUGUUCCAUCCUCACCCCCCCCGCUAUCGCUAUUCAACCCCCUCGUUGCGCCGCGCCACGCCAUAUCGCCAGUUUACACAAUGGCCGACAACCCCGAGCCGAGCGCUGACUCUCAGAUCACCUUCAAGGUGAAGACUUCCUCAGACAGCACGCAUAGCAUCACUAUCAACGAUACAGCAACUGUCCUCGACCUCAAGACUAAGCUCGCGGGAGAGGACUUUGAGAACAUUCCCGUUGAACGACAGCGCCUAAUCUACUCUGGCCGAGUCAUGAAGAACGAUGAUGCGCUGAGCACUUACAAGAUUAAGCACAACAACACAAUCCACAUGGUCAAGAGCGCUGCCAGCAAUCAGCAGCCGAACCAAACUCCCACCGCCAACACCUCCACAUCGACUCCCGCCCCCACCAACAUGGCUUCAGGCACAGCCAACCAACCUUUUGCCAACUUGACUGGUGCUCGAUAUGCUGGGUUUGGAAAUGGCCUUCCCGGGCUUGACAUGUUUGGGCCCGACGGUGGUAUGGGCGCUCCUAUGGACGAGGCACGAAUUCAACGACUCAUGUCCGAUCCCAACGUUCAACAGUCUAUGAACGAGGCUCUCAACAAUCCCGAUUUUAUCAACAUGCUGAUCGAUUCGAACCCUAUGCUUCGAAAUCUUCCCAACGCCCGAGAAAUCAUCACAUCACCAUUUAUGCGACAGAUGAUGAGCAGCCCCGAGAUGAUGAGCCAGGCUAUGCGUAUGCAGCGAAGCAUGCAAGGAGGAGAGGCUGGAGCUUUCCCAGCUCCUGGUGCUACUGAUACCACACCCCAGGGCGCAGCCAGCGGAGGAAAUGCGCAGGGUCAACAAGGCCAGGCAAACCCUUUCGCCAACCCAUUUCUCUCAGGCAUGAUGGGAGGCCAACAGGGAGGCAACGCCCCUGACAUGGCUCAGUUGAUGCAGCAGCUCCAGGGACUUCGCUCACUGUACGGAGACGUCGGCCAGGGACAGACAGCGGCGGGACAGACGGGACAGACUGGCACAGGGAACACACCCAGCCAAGGAGCGACGGACAGUUCGGCCGAUGCGCAAACUUCUGGAACAACGCCCAACCAAGGUGGUGCGCAGCAGGGCUCAACCACUAGCCCACCUCCCGCGAACCCAUUCGCUGCGCUCUUCCCUCCUCCCGGAGCUGGCGCCCAGCCCAAUAACCCCUUUGGUAUGAACCCCGAGAUGAUGCAGCAGAUGAUGCAAAUGCUCGGUGGUGGUGGAUUGGACUCGGCUCCUGCGGCUCCUGCUGAUAACCGACCUCCGGAAGAGCGCUACGCUGAGCAAUUGCGCCAGCUUAAUGACAUGGGUUUCUUUGACUUUGACCGCAAUGUUGCGGCGCUGCGUCGAAGUGGUGGAAGUGUUCAGGGUGCCAUUGAGCAUUUGCUCAGCGGACCUUGAACGACAGGCCCAGCGUGGAGAGCUUGGGGGUAGAACCCAGUGUUUGCCCACUUCAGUUGGGAGGGGCAUUUGAGUCAAGACUGGCCAGACGAGCUGAGCAAUACAGGUUGAUUGGGGAGAUAUCCUCUAGGUGAAGCAUGGUGUGGUCAUAAAUAUCAGGUUUGGAACAGAGAGUAUUUCGAACUUCAACGACAACUUGUUUUAAUGUGAUUUGUAAUUAGCCAUGACUCUGAUUAUAGCUUAACUCAUGAAGCUGGAGUGCUAAUAGGGACAUCAUGGAUUUUGAUGUAA